AUGAGUGCGCAGCAACCAUACGUCACCAUUCGGUCGCGCCGACCGGCCGACACGAACGGCAACAUUGAUGGCGAUUCUGCGGCCGCCGCGGGCUCGACGGAAACGCAUGCCAGAUCAGCGACACACGAUAUCAGCCGUACGAGCUUCCAUGUGAAGCACAUCAGCCAGUUCGCAAAGCGCCUGGAAGACUCUGCCACGCGAGCCUUUCCGAAUCGCGGGCGCACAUCUCAGCGUUAUAGCAAGGUGCAAGCCCUGCUGUUGCACUGGGGCUCCGACGACCUAUUUGUCUUGCCCGAGCUAGAGGACUUGGAGAAAUGCCUCCGCGACGAGUUCGCCUUUGGCACUGACAUCUUUGCCAUCCCAUCCGAGAACUCUCAUUUGGAGCUCAUGAUGCGACUUGGCCAGUUGAUCAAGGAACACGAAUCUCAGGACACGCUGUUCAUUAUUUACUACGGUGGCCAUGCGCGAAUCGACGACUCGAGGCAGAGCACGUGGUGCGCCACUCGCGAUGCAGACUCGCCUUGGCUACAAUGGUCCGCGAUUCAAACGCUGCUUGAGCGGUCCAAGUCAGAUGUCCUUAUCCUGCUGGAUUGCUGCGCCGGCGCAGCCAGCGCCACCUUCCCGAAUGGCAACAGCAUCACGGAAACGAUAUCAGCAUCCAGCUGGGAUGCUAUUGCACCCGACCCCGGACGCUACUCGUUCACAAAUGCACUCAUCGAGGUGUUGCAAGAAUGGCGCUUAAGAGCCUUUUCAGCAGCCAUGCUGCACGCCGAGGUUUUAGCUCGCCUGAAGCACCCGCGGCCUAUACAAAUCAACGGGAAGCACUUCGAAGCUCGCUCGACGCCCGUUCACUUCAUGAUGACGGCCAACCACAAGGCCCCGAGCAUCGAAUUAUGUAGGCUCCGCCCAGCUGAAAAGGUGCCUGCUCCGCUGCCACAAAACCACCUCGUCCUGCCCAUCACGGGUCGUGCCCCCGAAGAACCAGACCCGAUGUCAUCCGGACUCGCAACUUCAGAGCCAAACGAGGAUACUCCUCACGUCAUGAUCUCGCUGGCUCUUGAAGACGACCAAAGGCUUGACAUCAACGCUUGGGAGCAAUGGCUCAAUGCCUUUCCAGCUCUUGCCAAGUUUGUCAAGGUCCAAGGUGUUUUCAAGAGUCACUCUACACUUCUCCUUGUCUCCAUGCCAGUCAUGGUGUGGGAUCUACUUCCAGAAGACAACGCGGUCUCAUUCGUUGCUUUUAUUCGCUCCAAGAACCUCGCGAUACGGAAGACAGAGCCACCUCCGUCAUUCCUCGAGAUUGCCCCUCUCGACUUGAUCGAGCGGGCGUUCCCGCAGGAGCAUGGACAAGAAGCGAGCUUGAAGUGGCGAGACGCAAGAUGUCUCGUCUUCUACGCUCGGGGGCUGGAGUGGCCCUGGGAAUGCCCUGCCGCCAGAAUCAUUCUGGAAAAGCUUAAUGCUGACAACUGGUCUGGGAAGUGUUUUAUCCUCAAAGGACACUACCGUGAGUUUAGCCAGUCCUUCGACCAGUACAUUGUCGGGGCAACCAUGACCGAUGGCGCCAAAGCAUGGAUCCAAGGACAAGGACUCAAAGCUGUCAAUGAUGCCGAUAUUCUGACAAGCCAUGAGCAAUAUGCGGGAUGGCUGUCGCAUGUUGAAAGCGAGGAUAGGGCCCGAACCAUCUCAACAUCGCCAACAUCAACGUCUCAGCGUCUCGAGACUUUGGAGGCGCAAGAGAAGGAACUCGAGAAAGAGUUCAAGGCACAAUAUGGCUCUCUAUUCAGGAAAGCCGAAGAUCUCAGAUUGAGCCACGGCGAAGCGGACGAGUCAUUUGACACCAAAGCCAGGUUUGUCGAGCCCCUCGACCGUGGGCUCGAGAAGAUCCGUGGCAUGGGGGCGGCGGCGAUGCCACCCAUCCACUACGCGCCAGGACAUGCAAAAGUUGUAUCAGAGGGUUACUUUGACAGGGCACACACGGAAGACGAUGUCCCUGAUGACUACGUAGAAUCGAAGAGCCGGAAGUUCGGCCUCGAGAGAAGCGAGGACCCCAGGGCUCAGGCGUUUGGAAACGUGAAUCGCGUCGGCGUGACGGCGAGCAUCUGGAAUACUCUGGCGUUUGAUUUUCGUCUACUGCUACAGGUUGAGUGA